CCUUUGUUUGGAUGUAAGCCGCCUGAAACAAAUAAGUAAACUGGAGGUUAAUCUCGCAGAAUAUGCAAAGCUGCAAACACCAGACAGGUUGGAUAAGGAGAGUGAGAGGUUUGAGCUGAGUCGUUAAAGAAAGUAUUACAUUCACAGAAUAAUAAUAACUGUACAGGACAACUACUUUGAUGCGACAGCCGGUGAGUCCGUUAAAACAUGGUUCAAUAGCAGCAGAGAAGGAGUGGGCAGAUGGAGGAGUUUCCAUGAAUCCCCCCUCCCUCUCGAAAAACCCGCGGAUCCAUUUAGCGAACAUUUGAACGAAGAAAUUGGUCGAACCAUCUGUCAGGAGCCUGAAAUAUAUAUAAUAGUCGAGAAAAUAUAUAUAUAUUUCGGGCAAGGCAACGUUUUUGUUUUGCAGAGCUGGGUAUCCUCACCGGAGUAAAUCCACCUGAGUCACCUGUUGGAGCGGUGGCCGUAACUGCGUUCAGUCCAUCAGUCCAGUGAAGCCAUGGGACCGACCAGUGCUCCAAAAGGAUGUGGUUCCAGUAUCAACUCUAUAUACUACAACCUGUGUGACCUGACUACAGUGUGGGGGGUCGUGGUGGAGGCCGUUGCUGUUGCUGGUGUGGUGACUUCCUUUGUGCUCUUCAUCAUCCUCAUGGCCUGCUUACCGUUUGUGACAGACAAGAAGAGAAAGGGUAUGGUGGCCUUGCAGGCGGGAAUUCUAAUCUUCACUCUCGGACUUUUUGGACUCAGUUUUGCCUUCAUCGUAGGUCGGUACUCCACCAGCUGUGCUGCACGGAGGUUCCUCUUUGGAGUGCUGUUCUCAGGCUGUCUAGCCUGCCUGGUGAUGCAUGGGUUGUGGCUCGCCCUGCUGGAGCGGCGAGGCCGGGGGCCCAGGAGCUGGAUGCUAUGCCUGGGAGCCCUGGGUCUGUGGCUGGUCGAGGUGAUCAUCAACACUGAGUGGCUCAUCGUCACUGUGGUCAGGAGCCCACCCACUGGUGUCAUUGUCCCUGACCUGCCCUGCAGCAUUGCUAACCAGGACUUUGUAAUGGCUCUGAUCUAUGUGAUGGUUCUGCUUCUAGCUGUGCUGCUGAUGCCUGUGCCCUCACUGACACACAAGCACAAGCAGUGGCGCAGAGAUGGAGCUUUCAUCCUGGUCACGGGGCUCUGUACCAUGGCUAUCUGGGUAGCUUGGAUUGUCAUGUACAUCCAUGGGAACAGAGUGACCGGGAAUCCCAGCUGGGACGAUCCUACUCUGGCUGUAGCUGUGGUGUCAAAUGCCUGGGUGUUCCUCUUCCUCUACACCAUCCCAGAAAUCUGCUUACUGACCCAGGAGGACCCAGACCAGGAGCAGCCACAUGAUGGAGAUCAUGUUUAUCCUGCUAGGAGCCUGGUUUAUGACAACAUCCUGAAGGAGCCAGAGCCACCCCAACAGAACGUGUAUAUGGAGAAUAAAGCCUUCUCUAUGGACGAGCCUCCUACAGUACCCACAAAGCCAGUGUCUCCAUAUGGUGCUUAUAAUGGUCAGCUACGAAGUUGUGUGUACCAGCCCACUGAAAUAGCCCUGAUUGCCAAAGGUCUGACUAAGAUGAACCAAGAAGCGAUGAUCCCUCGAGCCACACCCCCGUAUUUGAAUCCAGGAAGUGGCAGCUCCCUGCCUCGCUUGGUCGAGUCCUUGCCUUCUUAAGGACUGUCACGCAACUGCAGUGUGAGGCAAGAGUCACUUACAUGCUUGGUUGUUACAGCUAUGAAAUAAAUCUCCACCAGGGGUUUGUUCUAUCCUGAGAGUUCCUAGUUUCAAAUCUAAUGCUCCCUCUUUCUCUUCCUUAGAAAGAUGCUUUAAAUAACAACACACUGUGGUGAAUCUCCAGCAAUAUGCAGUAAUAUGAACUAGCUCCUCUCAUACAAACACUUCAUUUUGUCUUAUACUUCAUUUCCUCUGAUGUGCACUGCUUGUCUGUUCUGUAUGCACAAGGGCUAAGUGUCAUAAAUCAAAUAUUAUAAAAAAAGCUGACAAUAUCAGAGAUAGGACAGCUUAUACAGCAAAUGAUUUUCAUAUGGAAAGGUUAUGCCUCAGCUUCUCUCUUCCAUUUCCAUUCUCCCUUUAUGGCAACUAGUGGCCUAAACCUUUUACUGUCAACUAUAAACCAGCUUUGCUCACUUGUAGCUUGUACUCAUUGGACUCCCAAAAAAGUCAAUAAUCCAAGAGAAAUGUAUGUAUCUCUGAAAGUAUUUACUUUACCUUGUAGCUAAGAGAAAGACCAAAAACUGUUCUGUCUCUACUUUUUACAUUUCUAAAAAAUCUAAAUCCCAAAGAGGAACAAUGUAUAAAAUUGUCAGGUAACAACCAACCCUCUGUAGGUUGAUGGUGGAGAAACAGUAGACAAGGAUUAGAUACGGAGAGUUUAAAGCAAAGGCAUGUCUAUGAUUUAACGGUUACAUUUUAGUUUUUAUUCACAAACAUUGAAAGCUGUUAUUGUGUUCUCACCAAUAUAAUUUCUUGUUUCUGAUGACUGUUAAUCUGUUGGCUGUUGUAAAACAUACUUUGUUCACUUGUGAAAUUAUGUUCUGAUUCAGACUUCCUCUGAAAGCCAUAGUGUAGCCAUUUUGUAGUGUCUUAGAUUUAUAAAAAUGUAAAUUUAUGUAAAGGUUUAAAUUCUAAUUUAUUAAACCUGUAAAGGUUACUUUAAUCCUGUGUGGCUGUUGGAUCUGGUAACAGGUACACAACUCACAAGGACGCAGAUGUGGGAUAAUGCAAGAGGAAGUGUCGAAAGGAUUAUCAUGUACACUGCCUAGUUAUUUACAUAUAUUGGCGUGAUGCGAUUUAACAGGUUUACCUGGGGCCCUGUGCAGGGAUUGGCUCUCGUAUUGUGGUGCGUGGGCUUACACUGCUGAACAAGGCUGUAAACUAUUUUAGGUGACCCUGAGAAUGGGAAUGUUACACUAUCCAACCAGUAAAUUCCGACAAUAAAUCCAUGUAAUGCUCUUUUCUAGUUUGGAUUCAGGACUGUAAGAGUCUUAGAGCAACAGAGUGGAUGCACUUACAGUUUGAGUUUGGAGCAUUGAGUGAGAUUUGAGUACCUGAUUAAAAAAGUGCACUGUCUGAGAGCAGCAGCAGCAGUAAAAGGCUGCCGAACCUUCUCUGCAUUCAUGUUUGUUACAUAGGAAGCUGAGUGGGUUGCAAAUGAGCACCAUCACACACACAGUGACUGAAAGUGAUCAUUAUUUAAACAGUUUUAAAAUGCUACUGAUAUAUGGUACUGGUAUAUGGUUUUGAAAUAAACAUACUCUAUAUUCAAAACAUUA